UGGUAUCAGUGGGAUAUAAAUAAACGAUAUACAUUUGGCGCGCAUAGCUGAACGGAAGUCGUCAUUGAAUGCCAGCAAGCUCUUGAACUGCACGCAGAACUUCAGAAGCUUCGCAUUCGUCCGUUCGAAGUUCCUCAUCGUGACCCGACUUCCCCCUUCGCUCACUUCGAAGACACCGAAGCUGUGACCGAGUAGGCGGCAUCCGUGUUCACAGGAAGAUGCCACCAGUAUUGAGAAGCCAAAAGGGCGAUUCGGCUUCGCCCAAUAGGACUAUCUCGGCUCGUCCAACUGGUUCGAUACGUCCUGGCAGUUACACGGCUUCGGCAAGUCCAGAUAGCUCGAGACAUCCUGGCCGUGAUGCGGUUUCACCCAGUUCGACUAGGUCGGCCAGUCCAACAAGUUCGAGACAUCCUGCCAGUGAUACUUCUUCGACUAGGUCGGCCAGUCCAACAAGAAUGAGACAUCCUGGCGGUGAUACGCCGUCGCCCAGUUCGACUAGGUCGGCCAGUCCGACUAGCCUGAGAAAUCCUGGGGGCGAUACGGCUUCACCCAGUCCAAGUAGUUCGAGAAAUCCUGGUGAUCUGAUUAACCCUAGCUAUUCUAUUCCCCCAAUUCGUAGGCCCCGCAGACUUCGCAGGCUUCGUCACUGCACUGGACGAUGUUUGCGCACCGCGGCCAAGGCACUCUUCGACAAUCCGAUCAUGAUUUUAAUUAUUUCGUCAGUAGUCGUUGUGUUUAUAGUGAUGCUAUAUUGCUGGCCCCCAAGGCGGACUGAAGUGGUGACUCCAGCUCCUUCGGCGAACAAGCCAUGGACAGACCACGACGUCAACGGGCCCACCGACAUCACCACCUCCAGCGGUGUGCUGACCGUGAGCAGCACCAUCUCGACUUUUCGCAGAAUCUUCAAUCCUCGUAUCCUGCUGUGGACGGAGCCUGGCACGAAACGGCUCGUUGAAGGCACACACUUGCCAGCCGCAGGAGACAUUGCUUUGCGGUACUGUUCGUUUCCAGUGCGAGAUUCCUUGCCUCGAGACCCGUUCGAAAACUUUGUGCUGGGCUGUUACGUUACCAAGGACCGUUCUCUGCUCGAAAAAAGCGACGCCGUGGUAUUUGACGCCUCAGCUAUUCACGCCACGCUUCCUCCUGUGUUCCGGGAUCCGAGACAGGUUUGGGUUUUCUGGACGCACCGUGGCAGCGUUCCCACGAAAGAUCUCGGUACGGUAACCGCGAACUCAUUUAAUUGGACCAUGGCACACCGUACGGAUGCCGACGUCGUCAUACCCUUCGGCAACUGGACAAUAAGUGACAAGCCUGCUUCAAGUGGCUAUGUUAAGAAGGAGCAAAUCAAGAAGGGCACCGCUCUUUUCUUCACCAGUGAUUGUGAUGACGACGACACUAACCAUGUACUCAAGGACGUGAUGGGAGCCCUGGAAGGCGCGAUGGUGUACAGCUGCGGCGUCACUCAUUGUGGCUGGUUUCAGAUGUGCCUGGCCGAAUACGCGAAGGACUUCUACUUCUUGCUUGUCCCCGAGUCGUCGGGCUGCUACGAGCACCCAUUGGAGGCAAUUUACGAAGCAUUUAGGUUUGGACUGGUGCCAGUCUACUUCGGGAACAAGGAGUUGAAAGGCCUACCUGAGCAUUCGUUUGUGUCUGCGCUUGAUCUGAUGCCUUCGCAGAAUAUUACUAGCUAUCUGAAGGCGCUGGUUGACGAUCUUGACUUGUACAGUGACUUCUUCAAGUGGAAGGAAACGUACGCGCUUAGCCGCCGUGACGACCUCUGCUAUCUGUGCGACUCGCUGCGAGCCCCUUUUGAGAAGCGGAGCGCUGACGUCCUGUCCUGGUGGAAGAAGACCAACCUGUGUCCCCUAGAUCACAAAUACAAUCAGGCACAUAGCCGCCCUCAUGAUGCAUACAUGCUCUGAGAAGAACGCAAGCUUCUCUUUGAUGGCCGAAAGCCUUUGAAGCUUAGAAGAGACUGCGAAUAAAGUGAAUGUGUGGUUCUCA